AUGUGGAGAUUCAAGAGCGGAGAUCAAGUAGAAGUAUGCUGCAAAGACGAAGGAUUCAAUAACUCAUUCUACCCAGCAACCAUAAUAUCAGAAAUCAACACCAAUGAAUACAUAGUCCAAUACAACACUCUAUUGACGGCAGACGAACUACACCCUCAUCGCGAGUUCCUUUCGGCAGUUGAUCUUCGGCCGGUUCCGCCUGCUAUCGCGAUCACUAAGUUUGAUCGCAAGGAUGAGGUUGAUGCUUACGCUAAUGAUGGCUGGUGGAGGGGAAAGAUAACGAAGAAGUUGAUUGGUAGAGGGAGAGCAACCAGGUAUUACGUUACUUUUCAAGGUAAUGGUGAUGUUGAAGUUUCUAAAUAUUGGUCUAAUGAGUUGAGGAUUCAUCAAGAUUGGAUUUCUGGCAAUUGGUUUUCUUCCAAAAAGAUUUUCCAAUGA